UUUGAUGUUGGGCGUAGCUAGCCGAAGUACCUCAGUCUUAGGUCCACCGCAGACCUCACUCACCUCCCGCCGUGAUCCCGUGCAAAUUCAACAUCCACAAUCACCUCCACCACCCACCACAACCACCACCACCAACCCUCCCACCCGGAAACUCCUCACAUCAGAAUUGUGAUCGAUAAUCGCCAUACUUCCCCCCGCCAUCCUAUGGCCGCCUCAUAGCCGUGUGCUUUGGUCAAUGAUGACCAGGAAAGAUGCUGCGGCUCGCAACAGCUCUGCGACGAGCUCGAGCACUGAUAGCUGGAAGUCGACCGAUACCGUCAAAGGGCCAACCUCACUCUUUCGCAACCCAUCGCGACGGGGUGCCCCAAUGACUGUGAAGACCGAUGGGAGAAACAAGCCCGAGACUGAUCCUCAAGUGUCGCCCACUACCACGGCUGCACCGCGAACGACCAUAUCCCCGUCGACCUCGUCUCCCAAUGUAUCUCCUCGGGACCAUAGAAUGGCCGACUUUGGCAAUUAUCGACGCGACCUUGCCGUGCUGCAAACAUCGAGUGGAGGAAUACCCCAGAUCCAGCACAACCCCCCAACUGCGUUGGGCUCGCCGAAUCAUAUUGCGCCCUGGAUGUCGACGAACGGGACUGUAACCUCUCCGCAGAGUGCCUUUGGUACCAGUUUUUACAAUGAUUCGAGCGACAAUUUGUCGCAGGCUUCUCAGUUGUCGCCAGGGUUCAGGCCUGGGACUGGAUUGACAGGAAACACAAAUGCAAGCGAUUCCCCGGCGGAUCCAUAUUUUGGAGACGAAAGACGGCCCUCUGUAGCAAGUGUAACGACUGCCAGUAGUCAAGGCUCGAAAUCGAGUGUCAAUCGGACAGGAAUCCAUAAGAAACUACAAACUUUCUUUGGAGAGGACUUUCCUGGUAGGGAUGGAUCCGACACAAGCUUGCCUUCACAUGGAAAGGACGCCCGAUCGCAUUCUUUCGCCCGAAGUCAUCGAGAGCGCAAUCAUUCAUCUGCCACAGAUCAGACGCAAAGAGACAUAUCGCCUGCGCCUUCAAGACCUAGGACGCCAGUGCCUUCAAGUGAUGUGGUACCUUUCUUAUAUCAAGACUCUCAGGACAUAUCUAAAUACGGCGAAGCUCCUGUUCGCGAGAAAUUGUCUGGGCCUGACAAGGACCGAUAUAUGAACGAAAACCCUCAGAAUCCACCAAAGACAUCAUCAUCCUCGAGAUCGGGCCAUGUGCACUUGCCAGGCCACAAUCAUCGUCAUAACAAGAGUAACGAGGACGCAAGGUCUUUGCGACCGUCUAUAAGUAGAGAGACCACUGGAGGUGAACCGCGCCAAAAAGAUCGCGCGCCGACUUCGAUGGGCACUGCUUUGGGGAAUUCCUCGAAUUCAAGUCUUUCGAAAAGACCUUCGAGUCCAACACCAAGCGGCAUGAGUGGUUGGAGCGGGUCGACCGCCAAAUUGCCUCUCAACGAUGGUUCAACUUCACCAACACACGGAAAACGCGGUAUCCUGGGUCGAUUUCGAAAACACAAAGACAAGGAUGGUACGCCUCCAGGGCGCCAGCUCAAGGACUUGCCGGGAUCUGUCCGAUCAUUCAAUUAUGCUUCGAACGGGAGAGGGCAAAUUUCACCUGAAUUUGGCAAUUGGAGCCACAAUGGUAGCCUUGCGGGAUCUGAGGUCAACCUUGUCAGACAAGACAAUGGCAACUCGCGGCCGAAUGGACAACCUCGACAGGGUACAUUUGGCAAACUUCCUUUCAGAAAAGGGAGGAGUAAGGCGACCGAUGAUUCAGAACUGUAUUCCGACCUCAACGAAAAACACGAGGGCUUCCUAGGUUCGGUCUUCAAUCUGGAUACGGAUUUGUCAAAGAUGGACGGGAUUUUGGCGAAACCCGUGCCUUUGACGCCAUUGGACAACAGUAUAUUCACUGGAAAUGUUGAAGAUGAGGCGAAGAUGGACGCGAAAAAUGCGGGUGGACUAGGCUGGGAUGCACCAGAUAGUUGGGCCGUGAAGAAGGUCGAUGAUGCGAACAUGUCGAGACUGUCAGAGAUCGAUGAAGCAGGAAUUCCGCCAAAGGCCGAUGAAAAAGCUACACCUUAUUGCAUACGAAUAUUCAGGAUAGAUGGGACAUUUGCAACUUUAGGGACGCCAUUAAACGCAACUGUCACCGACAUCAUGCAGCAGCUUGGAAAGAAGACUUAUAUGACCGACAGCCUCGAGAAUUACCAGAUUGUGAUGAAGAAGCACGAUUUGCAACGAAUUUUGGGUGCUGGCGAACGACCUGUUGUUAUUCAGAAGCGUCUGCUCGAGCAAGCUGGAUAUGAAGAACGAGACAAGAUUGAGGAUGUUGGACGAGAAGACAACAGUUACCUCUGCCGUUUCUCAUUCGUCCCCACACGCGAGAGUGGUUAUGCAUCUGUCACGAAUGAUCCUGGAGUCAGUCGAGUCCAAAAAUACAGCCACGUAGAUCUGUCCGGACGAAACCUCAUCACUAUCCCCAUUGCAUUGUAUUCGAAAGCGUCAGAAAUCAUCUCUCUCAACCUAUCGCGAAAUCUUUCCCUCGACUUACCAAAGGACUUUAUUCAGUCGUGUCAAAACCUCCGAGACAUCAAGUUCAUCAACAACGAAGCUUGGAAACUGCCACCAAGUCUCAGUAGAGCGGGCCGGCUUACGAUUCUUGAUGUGUCGAAUAACAGAUUAGAGCAGCUUGAACACGCUGAGCUCUCACGAUUACAGGGACUGAUUAGUCUCAAAUUGGCCAACAACAGACUGAGAAGUCUUCCAUCCUAUUUCGGAUGCUUCAAGUCGAUGCGGACUCUGAACAUCUCUUCGAACUUUCUCGAUUCAUUCCCGAAAUUUCUAUGUGACCUUGAUGGCCUUGUCGACAUCGAUAUGAGUUUCAAUGGUAUUGCCAGCUUGCCGGAUGAGAUUGGCCAGUUGAAGAAUCUGGAAAGAUUCGUUAUUACCAACAAUCGACUCAAUGGAUCCCUUCCAGAUAAUUUCGGGGAGCUUGUCAAUCUCAAAGAGGUAGAUGUCCGGUACAACGCUCUCUCGAGCAUCAAUGUGAUUGCAAAACUACCGAAAGUUGAGCAGAUAUCCGCAGACCAUAAUAGUGUGUCCGUGUGCGAAUCAGAAUUCACCAAAAUUCGAAUUCUCCGCCUCAACUCAAAUCCAGUCACCAAGUUUGAGAUCCUCAACCCGGUUCCAACACUAACUACUCUGAACCUUUCGAAUGCCAAGCUUGCUCAUAUCCCAGAUGCUGUAUUCGAUAAAAUGCCAAACCUCGUCAAACUCGUUCUAGACAUCAACCAUUUUGUAUCGUUACCAAGCCAUAUUGGCAAAUUGCGGAAACUCGAGCACUUCAGCAUUGCCAGGAACGCUUUGAGCAGUCUACCAGCUGAGAUAGGCUGCCUUACGGAGCUGCGGUUCCUAGAUGUCAGACAAAACAACCUAAAGAAGCUGCCUAUGGAGAUCUGGUGGGCAAACAAACUGGAAACUUUUAACAUAUCUUCAAACGUUCUCGACAACUUCCCCAAGCCAGCUUCUAGGCCACCCCAAGUCCCUGGCGAAAUUCCCACUCCGACAGAGAGAGGUCCUCUUAAUGGAAGCCCUGGCCAAAGUUCCAACAACUCGAGCUUCGAGGAAUUGGGGCCAUUAGAGGCAUUCGGACACAGAAGACCAAGUCAAGCAUCAGGUGGUCUGCUCAGCGUCGGUGGAUCUCCUGUCCCAGGCGGAGGUGAUAGGAAGAGCUCCAUCGUGUCCGUGUACGGGAAGGGCAAUAACAGAAAAACCUCCGUUGUGUCGAGAAGUGCAUCCCAGAACAGUAUUGGCACCGGGACGCCUCCAGCAUCGACCGCUAGGAAAGAUUCUGGAAUGUCAGCAAGAUUACUCAACACCUUCGCAGGUUCACUCCGCAAUCUCUAUCUUGCAGAUAACCAACUUGAUGACGAUGUCUUUGAUGAACUCAUUUUGUUGGGAGAGCUCCGCCUUCUGAAUUUGUCAUACAAUGACCUGAAUGACAUGCCGCAACGAACUCUGAAGAGCUGGCCACAGCUCUCUGAGCUAUAUCUCUCCGGGAACGAAUUGACUUCACUUCCAUCUGACGACUUCGAAGAAUUCAGUUUGCUGCAAGUACUGCAUAUCAAUGGCAAUAAGUUCCAGACUCUCCCUGCUGAGUUAGGCAAAGCUCAUAGGCUUGCCGUGCUUGACUGUGGUAGCAACUCACUGAAAUAUAACGUGUCGAACUGGCCAUAUGAUUGGAAUUGGAACUGGAAUACCAACCUCAAGUACCUGAAUCUGUCUGGAAACAAACGUCUUGAGAUCAAACCCUCCAUACCUGGAGGUGGCGCAAACCGCGAUGGAAGAGAUCUUACUGACUUCAGCGCUCUCCAACAUCUCCGCAUCCUUGGGCUGAUGGAUGUAACCCUGACAAUUCCCACUACCCCAGAUGAGACAGAAGAUCGAAGAGUGCGAACUUCUGGAUCUCUCGCUGGCCAAUUGGCAUAUGGUAUGGCAGAUACUUUGGGCAGGAACGAGCAUCUGUCCAUUAUUGAUAUGGUCGUCCCACGAUUUAAUUCGACAGAAACUGAAACCCUUCUUGGUAUGUUUGAUGGCCAAGCACUUUCAAGCGGUGGAUCCAAGAUUGCGAAGUAUCUUCAUGAGAACUUUGGCCACAUCUUCGGAGAAGAGCUCAAGAGACUGAAUCCAGGGUUGAAAGAAUCACCUGUCGAUGCAUUAAGGAGAGCUUUCUUGUCACUGAACAAGGACCUCGCUACAGCUGCGACGCAGCACACGGAAGAACGAUCUUUGUUGUCUCACAGAGGCUCGGCAGCACCUGCAGUUCUUAGUCAAGCAGAUCUUCAUUCUGGUGGGGUUGCUACUGUACUUUUCUUGCAGCAAUCCGAGCUAUACGUUGCCAAUGUAGGCGAUGCACAAGCAAUGCUCAUACACUCGGAAGGAGGCCAUCGCAUUCUGACCCGGAAGCACGAUCCUGCAGAGCCUAACGAGAGACAACGCAUACGCGACGCAGGUGGUUGGGUUUCAAGACAAGGAAAGUUGAACGAUAUCCUUGAGGUGUCUAGAGCCUUUGGCUAUGUUCAGCUUAUGCCGGCCGUGCAAGCUGCACCACAUAUCACACAAGUUACGGUGAAAGAACAGGACGAAAUGAUAUUGAUUGCUUCCCGUGAGCUGUGGGAGUAUCUCUCUCCAGAACUUGUCGUUGAUGUCGCCCGAUACGAGCGUGGAGAUCUAAUGCGAGCAGCUCAAAGAUUACGAGAUCUGGCUAUUGCCUUUGGUGCCACCAACAAACUCAUGGUCAUGAUGAUUGGGGUCAGCGAUCUGAAGAAGCGAGCCCAGAUCCGACCUCAUCGGGUCCAAAGCUUGUCUUUCAAUCCUGCUGCACUUAUCGACGAAGGUUACGCCCCAGCCCGAAGACCCAAGAAGAAGGGAGAGACUGUCGAAGAUUCCGGUCUUCGGCGUCUACAAGCUGAGGUUGAUGCACCUAUCGGCGAUGUCAGCAUCGUCUUCACCGAUAUCAAGAGCUCUACAUUACUUUGGGAAACAUAUCCCAGUGCCAUGCAGUCAGCUAUCAAACUACACAACGAAGUCAUGCGACGUCAACUGCGAAUCAUUGGUGGUUAUGAAGUCAAGACUGAAGGUGAUGCUUUCAUGGUCUCUUUCCCGACUGCUACAUCUGCUCUACUAUGGUGUUUUGCGGUACAGCAACAACUACUUGAAGUUCAAUGGCCGUCGGAGGUUCUUUCAAGCGUCCUUGGACAAGAGAUCUAUGACAAUGACCACACCCUAAUCUUCAAGGGCUUGAGCGUCAGAAUGGGUGUUCAUUGGGGUCGUCCUGUGUGCGAGAAGGAUCCUGUGACUCGACGUAUGGAUUACUUUGGACCCAUGGUCAAUCGUACUUCUCGUAUCUCAUCUGUUGCCGAUGGUGGCCAGAUUACAGUCUCUGCAGACUUCAUAUCAGAGAUCCACCGCUGUCUUGAAACCUACAGCGAGAGUGACCGUUCUGGUUCUACAGGAUCGGAGGACACUUUUGACAGCGACGUUAUGAGCCAAGCAAUCCGCCGUGAACUGCGCUCUCUUAGUAGUCAAGGUUUUGAGGUCAAGGAUAUGGGAGAACGAAAGCUCAAAGGUUUGGAAAAUCCUGAAUACAUCUAUCUGAUGUACCCACACGCUCUAUCUGGUCGUAUUCACUACCAGCAAAGACUGGCUGAGAACGACAAGCUCAUCAUGGCCGAAGAACCAGCGACACUGUCUCAACAGAGUCAAUUGAGCAUAGACACCGAUUCUGUUUGGGCUCUUUGGAGCGUGAGCUUGAGACUUGAGAUGCUGUGCUCAAGCUUGGAGGUAGACAAAGGACACGGUGUUGCCUUGCAACCUCCUGAGACAGCCAUGCUGGAGAAGAUGAAGCAUAGAGGUGGAGAAGUCACGGAUCGAUUCUUGGUUAACUUCCUUACCCACCAAGUUUCCAGAAUCGAGACCUGCAUCUCAACCCUAGCAACCCGCCAUCUAGCAAUCGGUCGCUGCCACAUCACAGACCUCGACCAACUCCGCGCCCCAAUGGACGACGUCCUCGACGCUCUCGCAAUGCAAUUACAGGAAUUGCAAAAAUACAAAGCUCGUUACGGCGAGCUGCCACCGGAAGGUAGCAAGAAGAGGAGAACCAAGACUCUACAGAAUUAGGAGAGAGAGAAAAUAAAGGUUUAAUCGGCGUCGCUCGGGCAAGCAUAAUUGUAUUCAGCAAGGCGUUUCUGCUUUCUUUUUCCCGGGUUUGGGUUUUGGGUACGGAUUGGGAUGGAAUGGACGAACGGACGGCUGUAUUGAUGACCCCCCUGUGC